GGAGGGAGGCGGGAGCAGGCGCGGGACCCCGCGGAGCUCUCCUCCGGCCGCCCGUGCCUCGCCCCACUCCUUAACCCCGGGGCCCGAUCGGCAGCUCUGCGGAGUGGCGGAGAUUCCCGGGCCCCGAGCCCAGAGCGCAGGGGGGCAGUCCUUCCUGUUUGCCUCUCCAGCGAGGGGCCCCGCAGCCUCGUCCGCCCGCGGCCUAGCUUCCUGCUCCCGGGAGCCUCUCCUCCCAGCCCCCUCCCACAAGCCUGGGCCUCUUUCCCCUCCUCCCUCCCACCUCCAGCCGCCAGGUCCUCAACCGCCAGCCAGGCUUGGCCCUGAGUGGCAGAGGCGCCUGCAGCUGCCAAUCCCAAAAAUAUUCUCUGAUGACACAGCUGGAAGACAAGAGCCCAGACUGGCUCCUCCGGGGCUAAGUAUAGAGCAGGCGGGACCACCUGCCCCCUGCUCGGAGCCCCAGUUCUAGCCCCAGCAGCCCUUCCUCCCACGCUGGUUCAGCAGCUGCUGUGGCUCAAAAGUAGCCCCAGAAAUUGAGGGGGGGGGGCUAGUGCACUCUGUCGCCCUCAUAAAUGACAGGCUCCUGUGGCACCUGGUGUCACCCUCUGUGUUAGGAUGUAAGACCGUGUGUGUGGGGGGGGGGAUAGGUUGUAUGUCUGUAUGUGUGGGUAAGGUCACUUGGGGUGAACACCCUCCUCAGCCCCCUCCCCCACAUUCUUGGCGGGAGUGGGAGAUAAGCCUCAGGGACACAGACGUCUGCGUCAGAGAUAGGAGGUUGCGCUUGGCUGCCAUGGGCCAGAACUGGAUCGGGAGAUUGUGCUUCUCAAGGUGAGGUCCCUGAUCCUGGAUGCCUUGGGACCACCACCAGUGAUUGGGGAAAGUGGGGGUCCAGGAGUGAGGCGGCUACCCCGAAGACACGCCCUUGGGGGAUAUGUGCACAAGGCCUCUGAGCAGGAGGAGGAGGAUGUCUCCCAAGCGAUUCUUUUCCCAGCCACAGGUGCCACCUGUGAGGAGGAUCCAGUUGCCGGAGGGCUGGUCCAGGAGGCUGAGGAGGGUCUCUUCACUUUCGUGUUCCGCCCAUCGCAACACAUGCGCAGCCGCCAAGUGACCGCAGCCCAGCUGUGGUUCCACACGGGGCUGGACAGGAAGACCACAGCAGUGGCGACUAAUAGCUCUGGGCCCCUGCUGAACCUGUUGGUGUUGUCGUCUGGGGGGCCCAUGGCUGUGCCCAUGUCCUUGGGCCAGGGUCCCUCUCGCUGGGCUGUGCUGCACCUGGCCACCUCUGCUCUCCCUCUGCUGACCCGGCCAGUCCUGGCGCUGCUGCUGCGCUGCCCUCUCUGUUCCUGCUCAGCCCGGCCUGAGACCACACCCUUCCUGGUGGCCCACACUCGGGCCAAACCACCCCGCGGUGGAGAGAGGGCCCGCCGCUCAGCUGCCCCGGGGUCCUGGCCUUGGUCUCCCGCCGCGCUGCGCCUGCUGCAGAGGCCUCCGCCCGAACCUGCUGCCCAUGCCUAUUGCCACCGAGCUUCACUCAACAUCUCCUUCCACGAACUGGGCUGGGACCACUGGAUCGUGAGCCCUCCUAAUUUCAUCUUUCACUACUGCCAUGGCAGCUGUGGGCUGCCCACUUCUCCAGACCUGACGCUGCCGGUGCCUGGGGUUCCGCCUACUCCCGUGCAGCCGUUUUCUUUGUUGCCAGGCCAGCUGUGCUGUGCGGCCUUCCCGGGGACCAUGAGGCCCUUGCGUGUCCGCAUCACCUCCGAUGGGGGUUAUUCUUUCAAGUAUGAAACGGUGCCCAACCUUCUCACGCAACACUGUGCUUGUAUCUGAGGGCAUCUUGUUUUCAUGUCCCCCUCUGGUUCCUAAGCUCGUGCCACCAUUAGCCGGGGGAAGGACAGAGUGUGGGAAGUCGGUGGUUCUCACUUCCCCUUCCUUCCACCGCUCUGUCUGGGGGCUUCUCUCCCAUCACCCCUGCCAUGGAUAGCGCGUGACAAUAAAGAGCACUGUGCAUA